UAGCGAGCGGCGCUAAAAGCGUGAGACUUCCUUGAGGGGGGUUGGCAUGAGUUCUUCCUCGACGGUCGGAAAGCGGGGAUUUCGUCAUCCACUGUGUUGCUGCUCGAUCGACAGCUUGUGUUUUACUUUUGCUAUAUCAUUCUGCUUUUACUACUGAUUAAUUGACUGGAGAUACCGGUAUUUGACUCUGGGAUACUGCUCUGUCUCUGGCGCUCAGGCAAUCCAUCCUCGCUAAACCUUGCUGUUCACCGCCCAACGAACGAACGCCCUGUGUCCAUCACCAAGUCAUUGCUGCCUCGUAUCACCCUGGAUCGAUCAAUGGGUCACUGCCCUUGUUACUGAACCAUCGAUACAUUAUCCAUCAUGAAGGGAACGUCGAUCUUCAAUUUUAGACCUUGGUCCAAGAUCAAUCCUCCUCUUCCGCGAACUCCCCGUGAGUCUCAGCAGCUCCUAAGCGCCCUUACAUCUUCCUUUCGCCGUCAGCUCGAUCACGAGUAUCCCCCAUCCCAUACAUCUUCGCCUUCGUCUUCACGUCCUGGCAGAAAUGGGGAUCGACCAAUGGUUGCAAAUACCAAUUCCUCGGCGCAUGCGACCGAUAGCCAUCUCAAAGCCAUCUUGGAGAAUCCUCUCUUCCGGGUGGUCCCCUCGAAGUCGGCCGUUGCUCGUGACCAGUCCGGUGCUGAGGGACAGAAUUUGAUGGAGGAACCAAUGUCUGUUUUUGAUGACCUGGUUGCCUCGGGCUCUGUGACGUCGACCAACCUUUGUGACUGUUUGAAAUCCCAGCUGCUCCUGGCCAGUACCCAGGCUGGCGAUCGUGUCAGUGAGGCUAUCAAGGACUCAAAGGCUGGUUCGAAGGUUGUCUCGUGGUGGUUUGCCUCGGAUUCCGAGGCGAGAAAAAUGCUGCUCAUGUCACGCGCAUCAACUGCCACUCUAUUGAAAUUUAUGGUUGCGGAGGGGCUACAGGAUACUGUCAUGGUCUGGCUAGAUAUGCUGCUCAAACAAGACAUUGGAGGAAACAAUGGUCAACUACCGAAACAAUUGGCGCAGCAGAUCUUUGGCAGUCUUUUGGUAGACCUGAUCAAUGCUGAGGCGCAGUACGGACGAGGGCUGGGCUCUGCGAUGGCAUAUUACAUUCAGACAUGCAAAACACACUUAUCAACACCGGAUCAAAUGGCUGACCAAUCUAAAAAGGCGAUGCUUCUUCACGGGGGUGCUCGCCUGGGCCGGCUGAUGAUGCAACAAGAGGGAACCAAGGAGGUGCCAGCAGCUCUAUAUGAACAAUUCAUGGGUUUGGUCACCACAUUCACACCCAAAUCAAUGUUAUCAGCAUCUGUGCCCAUCUACCACCCUACACGUCCUGACAUCGAACCUUUCCUCAAGUUUAUGGACUCCCUCCCACCGGGCCGGCCUGAGUCGUGGGCCAAGCCCAAACGAGAGGUUUUUACACGGGCCGCCUUUGAUGCCCUUCGGGUCUCAAUUGACCAGGAAGAGUUUGGAGAUGCUUCGUAUCUUGCAGGCUAUCUUCAACAAUUGCUACCAGGCAAAGACCACGCCUCUCCAGAAGAGGAGUUUUUGCUCAAUCGCUUAGACCUGACCCUGACGUGAUGAAUGUAAUUAUCUCGGGAUUUUUGUAUUAUUACUACAGACACGGAGUUCCUCAAGGAGAUGGCUCUGGCUGGAAGAUUGGGGCUUCAUCUAACGGCGUCAGGGGGUCCAG